AUGGAAUCCUUCGAAGACCGUCGCCCAUCUUCCCCAAGCGCAGAACGUGCAGUGCCCGAUGAAUACCACACCCUAUUAAACGAAUUGAAUCGACAUGUUCAUCAAGAACACCCUAAAGAUAUCAUUCAGUUCUGUAUAGACUUUUUCAAAGAGAAACUUGAGAAACGUAAAAGAGGAUCAAUCAGUGGACCUGCAUUCGAUACACGAGAAGCGUCUCCUAUCACUACUACCACCAGUGAUGAGCUGGGUGGUGGUGAAACCCUAAACGUGCCAUUUUCCCGAGGAAGACGUACUUCGGUCAGUGCAGAAUCCAUCCAACCAUCCCAGACUCCUCUAAAGAAGAUUGUGAUUCCAAAAGACGCCGAACAGCGGAAACAGAUCAGAGCCGCGAUCCAGAACAACUUUUUGUUCAAAAACAUGGACGACGACCAAUACAACGACAUCGUCAAUGCCAUGGCCGAAAGAAAGGUUGAUGAGGGCCAGAUAGUCAUCAAACAAGGCGGAGUCGGCGAUUAUUUCUACAUUGUUCAGUCGGGCACCUUUGAUUGUCUGAUAAACGACCACAAGGUCACCUCAUAUGGUCCAGGAGGAAGCUUUGGUGAACUGGCCCUGAUGUACAACGCACCCCGUGCGGCCACUAUCAUCGCAACCUCAGACGGCGUGCUAUGGGCACUGGACCGAGUGACAUUCCGGUCUCUCGUGGUCGAAAACACGGCCAAGAAGAGAAUGAUGUAUGAGCACUUUUUGGAAGAAGUUCCAUUAUUCAAAUCUCUCAACAAGAUUGAACGGCACAAGAUUGCUGAUGCCCUUGAAUCAAUUCAAUACGAAGACAAGGAUGUGGUUCUUAAUCAAGGCGAUUACGGAGACAAUUUCUACCUCAUCGAAGACGGCGAGGCGACAUUUUACAAGAAAGGCAAGGAUGGCAAAGAACGUAUGGUCAACAAAGCUAUCAAGGGAGACUAUUUUGGAGAACUUGCUCUCAUCAAUGACCGUCCUCGUGCAGCAACUGUGGUUGCAAAUGGUAGAUUGAGAUGUGCUACUCUAGGCAAGAAUGCUUUCACAAGACUUCUUGGACCUAUCAUGGAUAUUCUCAAGAGAAACUCACCAGAAGAUCACCCAGAGCAAUAA